AAUUGAUAGCUGACGUUGGCGUGACCAGUUCAACAGUAAAAGACAGCGAUGUAAUGCUGUGAACAUCUGGUUUUACAUAAGAAGACAUUCUUGAAUGCUACACAAAUGCCUCCCCAUGUACAUAGUCUUUGCGAUUUACAUUCAUAUACAUUUUUUCCAUGAUUUAACAAGGAGGAACAGCGAGAGCCGGUGGCUUUAUUGACAUAGUCAUGCUGGAGAGCAUCAAGACAAGUGCAGAGAAAAGAGGUGGAAAGAUCAUUUAGACCAGUUUUACACACCAGCUUUUAGUUUGGACCGUCGAUUUAAAGCUCCAAAAUAUGGAUUUAAAUGACAGCAAGUCUCUGGCGGAGCUUAUGAGCCGGUAUGUGUCUACAGAAAUUGGAUUUGGUGUCCCGAAGGAUGGUUGGCGGAUAUGUCUGGCACACGAGUUCAACGAGAAGAGGAAACCAUUUCAAGCCAAAGAUGUAUCAAUCUCUAACAUGAUCGAACAUGUUGGUCUAGGUCUCAGGUAUCUACGAUGGUGGUACAAAAAGACCCAGAUUGAAAAGAAAGCACCUUUUAUUGAUAUGUUUCGGGCCUUACAGCUGAAACAAAUUUAUGGUGUUCCUCUGGGUGGCAUUGGGGGAGGUAGUAUCACCCGCGGAUGGAAGGGCGAUUUCUGCAGAUGGCAACUAAACCCUGGAAUGUACCACUAUAAAACUGUUAUAGCUAACCAGUUUACAGUAUGUUUGCGCAGGGGGGGUCAGACAGUAUACCAGCAGGUGUUGUCUACCGAACGUCCCCCUGCACUUCAGGGUUGGAACUGGGGCUACUGCGGUGAAUAUGCAUUUUACCAUGCACUGUAUCCACGAGCCUGGACGGUCUACCACCUGCCUGGCCAGAAUGUCAACCUCACCUGCAGACAAGUGUCACCUGUCAUCCCCCAUGACUACAAGGACUCCAGUCUGCCUGUGGCUGUGUUUGUGUGGGAUAUUGAGAAUAAGAAUGAUUACGCGCUCGACGUUUCCAUCAUGUUCACAAUGGUUAAUGGGUCGGGCGAUAAAGACGAUAUGUGCGGGGGCCACUGGAAUGAACCAUUUCACCACGAAGAAGAGGGAGAAUCCGUGUCUGGGGUCUUGCUACAUCACCAAACACCUGUAAACCCAUACACUAUGUGUAUCGCUGCAAGAGGAAAGUCUGGCCUAGAGAUCAGUCACCAGACCGCGUUUAGCCCAAAGGGAACCUGUAGUGCUUUGUGGAGUGACCUCAUGACUGAUGGAAGACUCGACUCGCCCGAGGGCCCCAGCACACCCACACAGAAGGGAGAGAAUGUAGCAGCAGCCCUGGCCGUGGGCUGCUCGGUGCCUGCUAAUGGACACAACAGUAUGGAGUUUAGUUUGGCCUGGGAUAUGCCCACAGUCACCUUCGGCUCGAGAGAGAGGGUGCAUGCAAGGAGAUACACACGUUACUAUGGCAGCAAAGGGGACGCUGCCCCCUCGCUGUCCCACUAUGCUCUCACACACUACAGAAAAUGGGAGGAGAGCAUAGAUGAGUGGCAGAGGCCCAUUCUACAGGACAGUUCUCUUCCAGCAUGGUAUAAAUCAGCUCUGUUUAAUGAGCUCUACUUCAUUGUGGAUGGUGGAACUGUGUGGCUGGAGCUUCCAGAGGACAGCGAUGUCAGUGGUGGGCUCCGUACUGAGGAUGGGGGGCUUCCAGCUCAGCCUCAAGUUGUCAAGGAAUAUGGGCGAUUUGCUUACCUAGAGGGUCAGGAGUACAGGAUGUAUAACACUUAUGAUGUGCACUUCUAUGCUUCAUUCGCACUUAUCAUGUUGUGGCCAAAGUUGGCUCUGAGUCUGCAGUAUGAUAUUGCUGGUAGUGUCGUACAGCAUGACCCCACAGAGAGAUUGAAUCUAAUGAGCGGUCAGUGCUCACCAGUCAAGACCCGGGGUGUUGUGCCUCACGACAUUGGAGACCCUGAUGAUGAGCCAUGGUGUCGUGUCAACGCUUACUUGAUUCACGAUACAGCCGACUGGAAAGAUUUGAACUUGAAGUUUGUGCUGCAAGUGUACCGAGACUAUUAUCUGACCCAGGAUGAGCAGUAUCUGAAGGACAUGUGGCCCAUAUGCCAGACAGUCAUGGAAACAGAGUUAAAGUUCGAUAAGGAUGGAGAUGGACUGAUUGAAAAUUCUGGCUAUGCAGACCAGACCUAUGAUGGAUGGACAGUGACUGGACCCAGUGCAUACUGCGGUGGUCUGUGGCUGGCGUCAGUGUGCAUGAUGUGCAAAAUGGCCCGUCUGCUGAACUGCGAGUCUGUUUAUCAACGCUACAGAGAUAUUUUAGACAGAGGAAGUGCAGCCUUCGACAAACUUUUGUGGAAUGGCAAGUACUACAAUUAUGACAGCAGUGGACGAAACCUCUCCAACAGUGUAAUGUCAGACCAGUGUGCAGGCCAUUGGUUUCUCAAGGCUUCUGGGCUUGGGGAUGAUGACUUCCAGGCUUUUCCUAAGGAGAAAAUCCAUAGUGCAUUGAGAUCAGUCUUUGACCUCAAUGUUAUGAGCUUUGCGAAAGGACAGAUGGGUGCAGUUAAUGGAAUGAGGCCAGAGGGCGUGCCUGAUCGUUCCAGCGUCCAAUCAGAUGAGGUGUGGGUGGGUGUGGUGUAUGGAUUGGCAGCAACAAUGAUACACGAGGGAAUGGUGGAAGAGGGUCUGCAAACUGCGGAAGGUUGCUAUCGUACUGUAUGGGAGCGAUUGGGAAUGGCCUUCCAGACUCCUGAAGCAUACUGUGAGAAAGGCAUCUACCGCUCUCUAGCUUAUAUGAGGCCUCUGAGCAUUUGGGCAAUGCAGCUUGCACUGAACAAUCGACCAAAGUACAUUAAAACCACUGAGAAGGACACGGGACUGGAAUGAGUCCUGGAAGUAUGCUGAAGCAAACUUAAACUGUCUUAAAUUAAGUUACCUUUGAUUUUCCUUGAUUGUUGAACGUCUAAAAGACUGCAGAACUUGUUUGUGUGUAGCACAGUUACAUACCUGUGCACACAAAAACAAUAUACCUUUAUAUAAUAUUAUAAAAAACUGACUUUUUCACUGAAACCCUGCAUAAGCUCUACCAAAGUUCUUACAUGUAGAAGCUGUGAUCAUGGGUCUACAACUGAAGGCAUGAACUUGUUGAACAAUGUCACACUCAUGUGUUCUUGAUGAUAUAAGAUCCAGAGUUAUUAACAAUAUCUGAAUCUUAGGGAAUUGAGUAAUAGAUCAUGAAUGAGUACAAUUUCAUUACAUGAAUGCUUAUUUGAGUGCGGAUAAAGUACUUUCAGUUUCCAUUGUCUUGUUAUUAGAUAUUUUGCUUUUAACUCCUGUAUGUGUAGUAUUAGUAUCUAUCUGAGGCAUUUACAAGUACUGUACAUUAUUCUACAACAAAAAUAAGAAAUAUAUAAAUGAAUAAAUGGGAAUGUUUAAUAAA